UUUCUAAAUAGUAUUCAAUAUAUUGAAUUAACGUAAUUUUAAUAUUAACCUAACAUAAAUGAUACUUUUGAGGUCUAACCUAAUCUCAGAUAUAAAACUUGAUACAUUUUACCUCUAGUAUUUACUACCAUUUAUGUUUCUUAAAUAAUUGUUUUCGACGAUUUUAAAAUAAAUUACAGUACCUUUAUUCAAAACUCAAUAAAUCAACUUUUAACAAAAUGUAUAACAUAAAAAUCUUACGAUCCUUUAUCAAUAAUGAUUGAAGAAUAAAGUAAUAACUGUAACAAAAACAAACCGGUAAAUUUAAUUGUAAUUGGAAAUGACUUCGGCAACGGGCAGGAUUAUUAAAUUAUAUAAAUAUGAAAGUUUCUUAUAUUUUCUUCUGUGGACUGGUGCAGUAUUAUAUUCCAUUUAUAAAGUAUUUUUAAUUAAUUCUUAUUUUACUAAUUAUGAUGAUUUGUAUGGUGAUUUUGCACCAGGAUGGACAUGGAUUGGAAGGGAACAAGAUGUUUCUGAUGAAGAGUGGAAAAUAUGGGUACCAUUGAUGAUAAAAUUAAUACCUUGGUUAUUUCUUCAUCACUUUAUCAGUCAUUUUAUAAAGAUUAUAUCAAAUUCUAUGCUAUUGUGUUGUUGGUACAUCCUUAUAUCUUUAUUAUUUUUGUAUUAUUGUAUUGGAACCUUCAGUAUGUUAUGUGCAUUAAUGCAUCCAAGUAUACUCUAUAUUUUAACAUAUAAACGUGGCAAAUCUAUUAUAUGGAUGAUAAAUAUAUUAUUUUUAUUUAUAAUACAUUUUCUUAAAAUUCCGGGCGGUUCCUUCCAAAAUACAUUUAACUUAAAUGAUGAAGAACACUACAUUUUAACUCAUAUAUUAUGUUGGGUUCAACUAAGAAGCAUUAGCUACAGUAUGGAUAAUAUAAAAUCACAUUUAGAAAAUAAAUGUGAUUAUAUACUCUUUUUUGUACAGAAUCUUUUAUACAAACUGGCAUAUUGUUUAUAUUUGCCUACAUUAUCCUUAGGACCACUAGUUUUAUAUCAGGAAUUCAUUAAUUCUGUAAAAGGAUCAGUUCAAUUUUUGAGACCUGCAAAUCUUGGAAAUUUUCUUUUUAAUGUCAUUAGAUACAUUUUCUGGAUACUGUUCGCUAACUUUUUUUUGCAUUUUCUUUAUUUUAGUGCAAUACAAUAUCAUCCAGAGGUUGUUAAGGAUUUAAAUCCAUGGGCUUUAUAUGGAUUAGGAUAUUGUAUGGGGCAAUUUUUUUUAAUUAAGUAUGUCGUAGUAUAUGGACUCAAUCACACUUUAUGUGCAAUAGAUAAUGUAAAAGCUCCCCCUCAACCUAAAUGUGUAGCAAGAAUUCAUUUGUAUUCUGACAUGUGGAAAUAUUUUGAUCAAGGCUUAUACAAGUUUCUUAUUAGAUAUAUUUAUGUACCUUCGUUGAAAUCAAAUUUUAACAAAUUACUCGCCUCGUUUUUAUGUUUUACAUUCGUUUUUUUAUGGCAUGGAAUGCAAAUAAACAUUUUUAUUUGGGCAUUUCUAAAUUUUGUAGGAUUAAAUAUUGAAAGUUUAAUCAAAUUAACUGGUGAAAACAAAUAUUUUUUAAAUAUACGAAAAAGAUAUCUGUCAGAAACAAAUGCGAGACGAUUUCAUUGCAUCUUAACAAGUCCUCUAUUAGCAAUGUCUGUAAUAUCUAAUUUUUACUUUUUUGUUGGAGAAGAAAUUGGAAAUAUUUACAUCUCUAGAAUAUUACAUGAUACAUGGUACAGUACAUUUGUAUUACUCUUCUUCCUUUAUUGCUGUUGUCAAGUUUCUAUAGAUAUAAAAAAUUGGGAAUUACAAAAAUAUUCAAAACUAUAAAAAGCUGAGAAUUACACACCACUAUACAAUAUAUUUUGAGAAAAUGUAUAUUUUGUUCAUAAUUAUAUUAUCAAAUAACUUUUAAACAUUUUAUUGUUUUAAGUACAAAAUGAGUAUAAAAAUACAAUAUAUAACUAAAAUUACUUUUUAUAUUAACAUCGUUAUAAGCCUUUAACGUUUAUUACAAGUGAUAAUAAAAAAUUAGUACAAAGUAUAUGCAUGAAUAUUUUUUAUGUAAUUAUUAUUGUAUUUAUGAUAUACUAUUAAUAACCAACUUUAUCAUACCUACAAGGCACUUUAUAUUUCGUAAUAUAUAAAUUUUUGCGAAAAUAAUUUUUUACUUCUUUCCUUUUAUGUUUUAUAUAAUAUUUAAUCAAUUUAUUUGUUUACAUGUUUCUACAGAGAUACAGGAAAUGCUUUUGUCUUAUUCAUAUACUUUAAGACACUCACAUUUCUAUUUUUGAAACUUUACAUUAAAAUAUAUUUUCAUUAAAAAGUUUUAGUUGUACUUUAUCUUUAGAAAAGAUAUACAAAUUUUUGUGCAAAUUUUCAAUAUUAAGCUUCAAGCAGUAAAAAACCCGAAUUUAUUAUUUAUGCAUGUUAAUUUCGCUAUUAUUUUUAUUCAUUGAUAUUUAUAAACGUUUUUUUGAGUGAAAGAGAAUUUCUAAAUGUCACCUACGUAUAAUAAUUUGAGUUUUUAGAAUUUGCUUUUCUGUAAUGAAAUAUUGCAAUAUAAAUUACUCAACUAUUUUCAGAAAAUAUAUUCAACAUAUUAUAUUAUUCCUUGAACAUUAAUAUCUGCAAGAUAAUAAUAAUAAAUUGUUUAUA